AUGCACGCCAAAGUCGCCGCUCUCCUCCUCCCGGUCCUGGCCGCCGCCAACCCUCUUCCCCAAGCCAGCAAGCCCGACCCGGCCCAGAUCACCAUCGUCGACACCAGCUACUCUGGCAACGGCUGUCCUCAGGGCUCCGUCUCCACCACCACCUCCCAGGACAAGACUGUCAUCACCUACGGCUUCGACAAGUUCCAGACCUACAUUGGCCCCGGCACCAGUCCCUCGGACAAGUCCAAGAACUGCGCUCUCCACCUGAACCUCAGGUACCCCGGUGGCUUCCAGUAUGCCGUCGUCGACGCCACCUACCACGGCUUUGCUCGCCUUGACCCCGGUGUCACUGGCACUUUCCUGACCACCUACUUCUUCUCUCAGGAUGCCUCCAAGACGUCCACGACCCGUUACUCGAUCAAGGGCACCGAGAAGCUCGCCCUCGGCGAGGUCUACACCAAGACGGACCAGGUCGAGACGACGGCGACCGUCUGGUCCCCCUGCGGCACCAACGGCAUCCUCAACAUCAACAACCGCAUCUCGCUCACGAGCACCGACUCCAAGGCCAGCGGCGAGCUGUCCAACGACGACGCCACCGUCGCCUUCACCCAGCAGCUCCACGUUGCCUGGAGGCCUUGCACGCCUGGCUCAGGCAACGGCAGCGUCGGCGGCGGCGAUGUUGUCGGCAUUGGCCAGCCCAGCUCUGAUGUCGAGUUUGGCAGCAACUAA